AUGUCGACCGCAACCCUGCAUACUGGCCGAUUACAUAAAAGAAGCUCAAGCAAUGCCAGCUCAUCGGAAGGCGAAACUACGGAUCCGAUCAAGGACAUCGAGUCUGCCAUGUUCUUGGGGUCAGUUUCGAGGCUUUAGACUUAAUUUUGAGUUUUAGGUUUAUUCUAUAAAUUUUAAGCUUAAUUUUGAAAUCCUUAGUUUUUGAGACGUCAGGUUUAAUUUUGAGGCAUUGGGUUUAGUUUUGGAAUCUUAGGCUUAUAUUUAAAUUUUUAGGUUUAACUUUGACAUUUUAGGGUAACUUUUGAACUAUCAAUCUUAGAUAUACAUUUUCAAACUUAAUUUGGAAGUUCCGAGCUUAGGUUUAAAUUUUUAGGCUUAACUUUGAGGUUUCAAGUUUUAACUUACAGUUAGCUUUCCACUUCUAGGCUGAAUUUUUGCUUGUGGUUAACUUUUACAGCUUCAAGCUUAGAAUUAAGAUUAAUUUUGAAGUUCUUGAUUUAGUUCUAAAGCCUCAGACUUAGAUUUAAGUUAUUAGUCUUAAUUUUACACUUUUCAUUUAGAUAUUUUAGGCAUAAUGUGUGACUUUUUUUGAAUUUGAAAAAUUGUAUGAGUUCACUUUAAAAGUAUUUAUAUGUAACACAAAACAACUUAUAUUUCCAGAGAUCGUAAAAAGCAGCAAUGGCAUCCAAAAGUAGAAGAUCCCGCGAAAAAAGCAGAAAUUCGUCCGGCUUCUAUCAAGCAAAUGGUAAGGAAGACUUUGUAAAAACGUUGGAAGUGAUCGUAUUUUACAUUACACAAUGAAAUGAGCUUUUAUUUUUAAAUACUGCUUCAAAAAAAUUCUAUUCAGAUGCGCUACGGUAGCGCAUUCGACUGGCUAUUGCUAAUAUUUGGUAUUCUCCUCAACAUCCUCGGUGGCACCAUGACACCCCUCAGCUCGGUCAUCUUCUACGACCUUUGCAACAUCCUCACCCAAGCUCAGGCGGACUUUGAAAAAGACAUUUUUGAUUUUGACAAGUUUCGUCGCGAACUGGUCAGACCUAUCGUACUGUACUUUCUGCUCGGCGUCGCCCAAUUCCUGGUGGUUUACUGUGGCAUGAUAUGUUUGAGUUCGAACAGCGAACGACAGGUUGAUAUCGUGAGGAAGAAGUUCCUGUACCGGGUCCUACAUCAGGACAUGGUCUGGUUUGACAAGAAUGAUGUGGGAAAGCUGACUCAAAAGCUGAGCGCGUAAGUUGGCGAAAAUUGGCGGGAAAUUUGAGUUUUUGAAUUUUAAAAAGGGAUUUUUAGUUUGAAUUGCCAUUUUUAAUAUGAACAUGGCAAAAACUGACAGUACCUUUUUAUAAGUAAGCUAAAGCCAAAAUUUUAGCAAAAUUGAACAAUGUUCAAAUAAGUUAUGGCAUUUUAAAGAGCCGAACUUUUAAGAAAAUUGAAAAAAUAUUUUUUUCAGAAAUGCAGAUCGAAUCCGUGAUGGAAGUGGUGAAAAGCUUGGAGUUGUAAUUCAGGCCUUUGCCUGCUCAAUUUCUGGAUUUAUUAUUGGAUUCAUAUUGAGGUAGGUGUUAAAAUACGUAUUUUUCCAAAUAGAGCUAUGUUAACAUUGAGUUCACGAGCAAAACACAACCAUAAUUGGUGUAACUUGAAGAAAAAAUAAUUCUACUUGAGUUAUAUUACAGUUUUUGAUGUGUCUUAAAUUUUUUUAUGUUAUUCAAGGGUUUUAUUAACAUAUAAGUUGAAAUUAAGGUUUAAGAUAAUAUUAUUUUAGUUGGCAAAUGGCUCUGAUUAUGCUUUGCAUCGUGCCGGUUACUUUUGGAGCUUUUUUGGUGUCUGGACAUGUAAGUUAUUUUAAGUUUGAUUUUUUUUUAUUUUGAAAAGGCGUUGAAAUAGUUAUUAUUUUAAUACUAUGUUGUUUUAGGGUCAAUGAUAAUAUACGGCCAUUUUUGAUUUUAAAAAUUUUAGGAACUUUUGGUAAAAAUUGGAUAAAUAGGCUUUGUAGAGCAUAAAAAGAAGUUUAUAUUCUGAAAAUUUCAAGUUGAUAUCUUGUUUUAUGACUGAGAUAUUAUUAGUCAAAGUUGAAAAUCUGAUAAAAGUUUAAAAUCUCUUGAGAAAAUGAAAGUUUUUUGGAGUUUUUGAUGAUUUAAAUUAUGUUAUUGACCGAGAUAAGUUUGCAAAAGCUGAAGUAGAUGUAGAACUGUCUUUUUUUACCUAAUUUAUGUUAUAAAUUGAGGUAUAGUUGUCUGUUGUUGUAAGGAAACCUAAAAUAUCUGGCAUAUUGGCCUUGUUAUUACGAAAAGCUUAUAGAUAACUUUUCUUACUUUCAGUGUGUCAACUAAGUAUACCUUUCUUUUUUUUCAGCUAGUAAAAGCCUCGAUAAGAGGAGAGCUAGAAACCUAUGCUUCAGCUGGAUCAGUAGCGGAAGAAGUGAUUAGCGGAAUCAGAACGGUGGUAUCAAUGAAUGGCCAAGAGUUCGAGCUGAACCGCUAUGGCAAUAUUUUGGAAAAAGGCUGCAAGUUUGGGAAACGAAAACAAGUUGUCACAGCUAUUGGACUGGGCAUUGUCAUGUUCUUGUUGUUCACCUUCAUGGGUGUGGCGUUUUGGUAAGGGUGGGGUAAAAAAGUUCAGGUUUUUUAAAGAGGCUGUUUUAAGUUUGUUUGAAGUUUGAAAAUUUUUUUAAAUUUUAAAAUUUUUUUAAAUUCUUUGUUUUUGAAAGCUAUUUUUUAUAGGGCUGGCACAAAGAUGGUAAUGGACGGCGUACUGGAAGCUGGUAUCGUGUUCGGUUCCUUCUGGGCCAUUAUGAUGGGAUUUUUGAGAAUGGGUGGAGCCUUAACCCAAGUCAAUGUCGUUGUUGGAUGUAGAAUGGCCAUGGCCGAGUUACUUCAAAUGAUUGAUCAGGUAAAUCCCUACAAAAUUUUUUUUCAAUUUUUUUUUGUUUUUUGAUUUUAAUUUGAUUUUAUUUUUGAAAUUGAUGUUAUCAUUGAUUUUUGAAUAAAAAUAAACCAGUUGUCACUAUUUUUAAUUGAAAUUUGGUUAAAAAUAGGAAUUAAAGCAAUGAAAAGUCUCUUCAAAAUGCCGAAAGUUACCUGAUCUUCAAAAUUCGAAAAGAAGAAGGUUGAGGCGUGUUCCGUUGUGGUCUAGUGGUUAGGAUUUGCGGCUCUCACCCGCAAGGCCCGGGUUCGAUUCCCGGCAACGGAAGAAAAAUUUUUUGAUCGUUUUAGGUCAAUGUCAUUGUUUUUGAACUUUUUGGGUUUUGAAGUUUAAAAAUUGUGGUCAAGUGUAAAGAAAGCUCAUUUUUCACUAUGAAAGUUGAUUUUUUCACUGAAAAUCUCUAUUUUCCAGAUUUUUUUAAAAAAGUUUAUGGCUUUCUUAACUUUUUAUUACAAUAUUUUCAAAAUCACUCUUAGGAGCCAGAGCUAGACUGCUGUAGUGAUGACGGUCAAAAAUUGAAGAAAGUCGAAGGCCUAAUUGAGUUUGAAAACGUGGAAUUUCGCUAUCCAGCCCGUCCAGACAAGAAAAUCCUUCAUGGAGUCAGCUAUUCAGCCAAUCCAGGACAAACCAUUGCUCUAGUAGGCCACAGUGGAUGUGGAAAGUCGACCAUGAUUGGACUGUUGAUGAGGUAUUACACACAGGAAGGUGGAUCAGUUCGAAUUGAUGGUGUAGAUGUUCAGAAGAUGAACGUUCAAUGGCUUCGGAACAUUAUUGGAGUUGUUUCACAAGAGCCAGUAAUGUUUGCCACGACCAUUGAGAUGAAUCUGAAGUUGGGCAAGCUGGAUGCGACUAUGGAGGUAAGUGAUGAUUGCUUUUACAGCUAUUGAGGUUAAGAAAGUUUAAGUUUUUAUUAAAUUAGGUAACAAAACUUACUAUAAUAUGCUUAAAGGAGAUGGAAAAAGCCUGUCGCCAAGCGAAUGCCCAUGAUUUUAUAUCCGAACUGCCCCAAGGCUACAAGACUCGAGUAGGAGAAGGUGGAGUAAAGUUAUCCGGAGGUCAAAAGCAACGUCUAGCCAUUGCCAGAAUUUUGAUCAGAGACCCGAAAAUCUUGCUAUUAGAUGAAGCCACCUCAGCAUUGGACACGGAGUCAGAAAGACAUGUACAAAAAGCGAUCGAAAAGGCUAGUAAAGGAAGAACAACAAUUACUAUAGCUCACAGGUUGUCGACUGUGAGGAAUGCGGACAAGAUAUUCGUGUUUGAUCAUGGUAAAAUCAUUGAAAGUGGCAAUCACGGGGUGUUGAUGCAAAUGAACGGGGUUUACAGAAGUUUGGUUACGGCUCAGGAGAUCGACAGAGGACAGCAUAGUAAGUUGGUACAAAAUGUGUUGUUUGGGAGAGGGAGGGGUGAGUUGAAGGAAGUGAAUGAGGGUGGGGUAAAAAUGUGGUUUUGGAGAAUGGGGGGGGUGAUUUGGGAGAGGGGGGGGCGAGUGAAAAAAAAAUUUUUUUUAAAUUAACAGGAAAAACAAAAUGAAAGAUUUUGGAAAAAAAUUGGUCGGGGUAAAUAUCCACCCCUUCCAAAAAAACCAUGCCCUGUUUUACUAGAUUUUAUAACCUAAAUUUACUUUGCCUUGCUUUAAAUUAUUUUAUCUUUUUUUUCUUUAUCAGUAAAGUUAAUGUAUUCCGCAGCUUGCGGAUGACAUGUUAUACGAUGAAAUGUGUUUUGGAAAUUAUUAAUGAAAAUAGCGUGAUAAAAUAAGGUUGUAUUGUAAAAUACGGUUUUCACGCUGAUUGGUGUAAAUUCCAACUUUAAAUUUUUAAAUGGUAACUUUAUUGAGAUAAUAUCGUAUUUUAGACACACCAGCAGCAGCAGACAAUGAAACGAGUGAAAUCGAGUCGAGUUAUCAUCGUAGCAUCAAAAUUGUCGUACCUCAAGUUACGACAAUGGCCGUUCAGUUGGAGCAACCGCCAGAGCUGGAUUUGGAGGAGUAAGGGGAUUUAAUUUUGUAAAAUACGAUUGUUGGUUUGUAUCGAGUUUAAAAAAUUUGAAAAUUCAAAAACAUUUUUUUUUAUUUUUUUUAUUUGAAAUUUAAAAUUUUGAUUUUUUAUAAUAAAAAAAAUUUUUUCAAUUUUUAAAAUUCUAGGAGAAUCGAAGAUCAUGUGAAGCCGGCUUCAAUUAUGCAAAUUUUGAAAUUCGCCAAAAACGAACGUUGCUACCUCACAGUAGGCCUCUUGUGCACCCUGGUACGUGGCUGUGUAUGGCCAGCUUUUUCCAUCAUCUAUGGCCAUUUGUUCAAAACCCUGGCCAAAGCCAUCGAUUCGAAUGGAGAAGAGGUGGAGCGAAUGAACAGAGAUAUGGCCAUCUCUUACUGUAGUUUGGGAGUCAUCAGUGGACUGUUUACGGUGCUGGCUGGCAUAUAUUUGGGUUUCAGUGGAGAAAUGUUGACUAAAAGAAUGAGAUUGGCUGUUUAUAAGGUAAACUUGGGUUUGUAAAGUGCCUAAGGCUAUUAAAAAAAUUAUCAUGCUUCCUAAACCUUAACACUAUAAAUAUGCCAAUUAAGCCUAAUUUUCUCAAAUUUCAGAACCUCUUAUGUCAAGACGCCAGUUUCUUUGACGAACAACAUCAUUCGACCGGUAAACUCACCAAUCGUCUAGCCAUUGAUGCUCCGAACGUUCAAGCAGCCAUAGAUAUGCGAUUAUCGGACUGUCUACAAGGAAUUGUCAGUUUAUUGAUAGGACUGGCUAUUGCCUUCUACUUUGGAUGGCAAAUGUCAUUGUGCGGUAUGGUCGCGGCUUCUACUGUGGUGGUUUUACAGUUUGGUUUGGCCAUUUACUUGAAACAUCGUGGAGCUGGAGAUCUACAGGCUACUGAGAAGGCUAAUAAGGUAGGUUUAUUGGAGUUGGGGGGGGUAGGAUGUGGUACAUUACGGUAUGGUAAUUUAGGGCAGGGUAGGGUACGGCGGGAUAGAGUAAAAAUAGUAUGGCCAGGUAAAGCGGGGCAGAGUAUGGUAAAAUACAGUAUGAUAAGGUAGGGCAAGGUAAAAUAAAGUAAGGUAGAAGAUGAUAAAGCAGGGCAGGAAAUAAAAAAUAUAAAGCAGUUUAUGGCAGUUUAUAUAAAGCAGAGUAUGUGCUCUACAAUAAGCAAAGCGUUCCAAAAUUUCUGUUUGAUCAGCCACUGAGAGUUCAGAGCCGAAACAUGAGCUAACCUCAAACUUGGGUUAAUAAACCGAAGAAGUCUACUUUAUUUUGUCGAUAAUUAAAACGAAAGGUUACCUUUUAAUUGAGAGCGACUGGCUUUAUGGAGUUGUUUUAACUCUCUAACUGCCUCUUAUCUAUCCCUUUUGUCUUCUUUCACCUUUUUCGGUAUUUCUCUUUCUCUAAUUUUCACUUAUAUUAUGUCUAACAUGUGCGUAUCUAACACUGCGUUCAAAAGAUAAGCAACAGGUAGAGAAAAAGCGAUAAAAAGGUAUUUUUAAUAGACGGCAGAGUUCCUUGUCAGUGUCUUUAAAAAGAAGAGGAAACAAAUGUGUACGCCCAUAGCCCGUUGAACGCACGCCAUCCCGUCCGAUCUGGCAAGUUAAGCAACGGUGCGCUUGAUUAGUACUUGGAUCGGAGACGUCCUUGGAAUCUCAAGUGGCGUACGCGUUUUGGCAUUUUUUAAAAGACUUACUUUUUUUUAAAUGAAAGGGUACUGUAAUUUGGCGCUUCUAAUACAUUUCACCAAAACGUUUCGUAUUUUACUUGAAUUAUAGUUGUCUUCACCUUACUAUAAUCUAAAUUUUUUAACUCCGCCUUUUUCUGGACGCUAUUAGUUUACAUUUUUAGUCAGUGGGGAUUACUGUAACUAAUAUUUUAUUUUUUCUAACUUCUUAAGUAUAUGUCUUCAGAUGGCAUCAGAAUCGAUUGAAAACGUUCGCACCGUGCAAGCCCUAACCAGACAGAAGUGGAUGUACGAAAGAUUCCUACAGAUCAAUCAGCUGCCCUACAAAAGGAAUAUCAUCAGAGUUCAAUUACAAGCAGCUAGCUAUGGUCUAAUCGCUUCCUUUAUCAACUUUAACUUUGGAAUCGCAUACGCAUUGAGCUUGAUAUUGAUCUAUCACAAGAUCACCAAUCCGUUCUUGAGUUUUCAGUAAGAUUUUGAGGGAUUUUGAAUUUGGUUUUAUUAAAUUUAAAAAUUUGUUAAAGAAAUUUUUUAAAAAAUUGAAAAAGUGAUUUUUGUGAUUUCAAAAAAAAUCGUAUUUUAGGUAACAAAUUUUUAAUUUUGAUCAAUUUUCAGAGUAAUUGAAGCCAUGACAAGUGGCUUUAUUGCCAUUAUGGGUGCAGCCUCGUACUUCCCAGAGUACAUUCGUGCCACUGUCUCAGCUGGUGCCAUGUUCAAGUUGAUGAAUGCACCAACUUUGAUCGAUGGAAUGAAUGAAAAUGGAUUGAAACCGGUAAGGAAAGACUUAGGUAGGGUGUGGUAAAAUGUAGGUAGGGCAAAAGUAAGAUAAGGAAAUCAAAAAUUUAAAUGCUUGGUUCUAAAAACUUCAUUUCAGGAACUCGAAGGCAAUAUCAACUUCAAACGAUGCGUCUUUGCCUAUCCGAACAGCAAGAAGAAGCUGAUCCUCCACGACUUUAACAUUGACGUGUCUCAAGGCCAAUCCCUAGCUCUGGUCGGACCGAGUGGAUGUGGCAAAUCGACCACAAUCUUGUUGUUGGAACGCUUCUAUGACCUAAUCAGUGGGGAGGUGCUAUUGGAUGGAAUUGAAAUUACAAAAAUCAAUAUUAGACAUCUGAGACGACAAAUUGCGUUGGUCGGUCAAGAACCAGUAUUGUUUAAUUUGAGUAUCAAGGAGAACAUUCUGUAUGGUUUGAACAAGGAAGAGUUCAACGAAGCCAUGAUCACGGCCGCUUCUCAAAUGGCGAACGCUCAUGGAUUCAUCUCGGAGUUCCCGGAGGUAAUUUAGAGUUUAAAUUUUGACAGUUUUGGGAUUUAUAAUGGCGAGGACUUUGUUUACAGAUUAAAAAUAGCAAGAAUAUUCUUUACAAAGCAUAAAAUGGCAAAAACUUUCUUUACAAGACAAAAAAUGACAAAAACUUUUUACAAAACAACAAAUUACAAAAACUUUCUUUACAGAACCAAAAAUGGCAAGAACUUUCUUUACAAAGCAAAAAAUGGCCAGAACUUUCUUUGCAAAACAAAAAAUGGCAAGAACUUUCCAUACAAAACAAAAAAUGGCUAAAACUCACCCUAAAAAUUAAAAGCAAAAAAUUUUUAAACAAAAUCUUAUUUUAGGGCUACGAAACCUCAGUAGGCCCCCAAAGGCUCUCGUCUAUCAGGAGGCCAACGUCAACGUAUCGCCAUUGCCCGUGCCAUUGUCAGAAACCCGAAGAUUCUGCUACUGGACGAAGCCACUUCAGCGUUGGAUACAGAAUCCGAAAAACUGGUCCAAGAAGCGUUGGAGAAGGCGUGCAAAGGCCGCACUUCGAUUACCGUCGCCCACAGACUGUCGAGCAUUCAAAACUCGGACAAGAUCGCGGUAUGUCGUGCUGGUAAAGUCAUCGAACAGGGCAAUCACCAAGGUUUGCUGGGCAUGAAGGGCCUCUACUACAAGUUGGCCAAGAAACAAAGAAGUUGA